CGUGGGGUCUGCUGGGAAUCCGAGGCCGAUCGGCAGCGACCGCCCCUUUUUCUCUUGAUCGGGAGAGGAUCGGCAGAGAGAGAGAGAGCUUGGAAAGUCACACCACCGGCAGAAACUGCUAGGAGCAGCGGAACCCAACAAAAGGAGGAGUAUCCAGUCAUGUCUGCAGAAGUGAUAGUGGGCUGUGGAAAUGAGUUUCCAGCCCAUUACAAGGUGAUGCUGGACAGACUGAAUGAACAGCGGCAACUGGAUCAGUUUACAGACAUCACACUGAUUGUGGAUGGUCACCAGUUCAGGGCUCAUAAGGCGGUUCUUGCUGCUUGCAGUCAGUUUUUCUAUAAAUUCUUCCAGGAUUUCAAAUUAGAGCCUUUGGUGGAGAUUGAAGGGGUCAGUAAUUUGGCCUUUCGUCAUUUGAUUGAAUUCACCUACACAGCCAAGCUUGCAGUAAAUGGAAAUGAAGAAGUCAGUGAUGUGUGGAAAGCUGCAGAGUACUUACAGAUGCAAGAGGCAAUCAAAGCUCUCAACAACAGGACCAAGAGCAGUUCACCUGAGGCCUCGAAGCAAAGUCCGACAGAGACAAGCAAAGCCAAAAAGAGGAAGAUAGCAGAGACCUCGAACGUUAUAACAGAAACGCUCCCCUCUAUGGAGACAGAGCCAGUGGAGAUAGAGGUGGAGAUUGCUGGUGGGACAAUAGAGGUGGUGGAGGAUGAGGGCAUUGAGGUGGUAGAGGAGGUGGCAGUACAGCCAGACAAAGAUGCCAGCUCCCAGGACACCUCGGACGAUUCUGCCCUGGUUUUGCUGGCUGACAUCACCAGCAAAUACCAGCAGGGUGAGUCGACCCUGCAUGUGAUGAAGAAGGACGAUGAAGCGAGCAGCACCACUGAUCUGGAGGGGGUUGCCACUGGCAAAACUCUGGAGGGCAUCGAGGUGGUGGAGGUGCAGAUAUCCCACCUUAAUAACCUGUUCCGCUGCGAGAAGUGUGACCGCUCCUUCAAGCUCUUCUACCACUUCAAGCAGCACAUGAAGGUGCACUCAGACAAGGCCUUUGUUUGCCCUCACUGCAACAAGACGUACACGCGGGAGAGCGCCUUGAAGCACCACCUGGCUUGCCACCACUUUGAGGUGGAGGAAUCGCGCCGCCAGCGGCCUCAGAAGAAAGUGCAUGUAUGCGGAUACUGCGAGAAGCAGUUUGACCACUUUGGCCAUUUCAAAGAACACCUCCGGAAGCACACAGGUGAGAAGCCUUUUGAGUGUCCAGACUGCCAUGAGCGCUUUGCAAGGAACAGCACACUGAAAUGCCACAUUGCAGCUUGUCAAAACGGUGUUGGUGCGAAAAAGGGAAGAAAGAAGCUUUAUGAAUGCCAGGUGUGCAGCAUGGUUUUCAACAGCUGGGACCAGUUUAAGGACCAUCUGGUGAUCCAUACAGGAGAUAAACCCAAUCAUUGCACUAUAUGUGACAUUUGGUUCACCCAAGCUGGAGACAUGCGUAAGCAUCUCCGGGAAUUCCACGCCAUUCAUGAAAGAGUGGUGACUGAGGUGGUGGUCCCGGAGCAGGAAGAUGUGGAGGAUGUGCAUGUGGAGCAUGUGAUGGUGGAGCAGGUGCAGAUUGAAUCAUCAGAGGUGCUGGAGACCAUCCAAGUGCAGGUGGAGUCAGUGGAAGGAGAGGAGGGGAAGGAGGAACAUGUUCACAUGGACCAAGUCCAGGUGGAGGAAGAGAAAACAGCUGAGAUCCAGGUGCAUCAGCCACAUGACGAGCAACAAUCCUCCGAAACACUGAUAAAAGAACACAUAGAAAUCCAGGUGGAGCACAUCCAAAGCAAUGCAGUACAGCACUACCUGGAAACAACUGUGCAGGAUAGCGAGGUCCCAGUGGAACAGGUUGAAAUACAGGUGGAGGAAGCAGAGGUUGGGGAAGUGCAAGUAGAAGAUGUGUAAACUGAGGAUUAAGAACUGCAUAAUUGCCUGACUAUUUAUCCCGUGGGGUGCUCGCCAGGCUUUGCUAGUCCAACCAAUACAAACGACCACCAUUUGAACUCCACUGGCUUUCAAUAUAAUAAUUUAAACCUGGUGCUGGUAAACGUACAGGAAUUCAAGGAUCAGUAUAAAUCUGACACCGAAGUGUUUUCUUUUUACUUCGUUUACGAUGAAUUUGUUACUAUCAUAUAUGUGACAUUGGAUGGAAAAUAAGCUUUGGAGCAUAGGUUUUUGUUUUUUAAUUGCUUAACACUGCAGCUGAUUUUCCAUUAUGAUUUAGAGAACAGUACACAUUCUUCCUUACAUGGGGAAAGUGGAGUCUAUUAAAUGUAUUUUUGUGGCUGAAAUGUAGUGUACUGGUCCUGCUUGCCUGUUGGUGGAAAGGGCAUUUGCUACUUCAUUAUGUGAACCCCACUAUUUAGCAAGGAUAUAAAUAUAACUCUUCAAUCUGUGCUUAGAUAUUCUUGGAACAGGUUGGUUAAAGUCAUAUAACACAUUUACAGAUAUGCCAGCGUAAAGCUGUGCACCCGAGAACAAUCAGUUUAAGUGUAUAACCACAGUAGUUCUUCAGGAAAAUAAAACUGAUUGGCAUUUUGUGUCACCUUAGAAUUGCUCUAUUGAACAUACUUUUUCUCUGGCAAUUGUGAACCUGCCAGGUUUGGGGUACUGUCAUUUUACUUUAUAAAACACAUUCUUUACAUUUCCUCCUGGAUUUUCAUAUGUCCCUUUUUUUAUAUAAAAAAGAAAAAUCUAUGUGUCUAUGUUUUUUUCCCAGUGGAUAGUGCCACCAGGUUUUCAGUUUAUUUAUCUUCUACUGGCUCAUUGAAAAGCUUGGCCAACAAAUCUCCAUUCAAUAGCUUGUCAAAGGAUUCCAUUAAGUCUUAUAAAAGGAAAAGAGAAAAAAUCAGUACUAUUGUGUGGAUCAGAUCUCUUACCUCACGCCUUCCUUUGGCUGGCUGAAAGCCAAACAGAAUUGUAUCUUCUGUCAAAAGUGAAUAGUUGAGCAGAAUGUAAAAAUUAUUUUUAAAUAUAUAAUAAUGCCGUUUGUGGAUGUCAUCAUGAUAUUUUGUGUAUUGCAGUGUAAUAGAACUAUUUAAAACUUAAAAAAAAAAAACAAUAAAAAGUAGAAAACUUCAUAUUAUAUUAAGAAAAAAGUUGUAGGUGUGAUAUAGCUGUUGGGAUGGGGACGUAAUGCUGGUAUAUACAGUGUUAUUAAAGGCAUGAACCACAGGGUUUAUACAUUAUGUACCCUUGUACAUCAAUUUGGAAAAAGGGAUAGAGCAUUGCAGAUCCUCAAAAUUGUCUGGGGGCGGUAACCCUCAGUUCCACAGAUUGGCUUCAACCAUGCCUUGCAUACUUCAAGAUCAGCGUCAACCGCUAAUCUACUGAUUGUUUAAACAACUUUUAAUUCCCAUACACAACAAAAACUGUUUUGCUACAAGUAGUAUUAUUCCUGACUUCUGAAUAACACUGUAUUACUAUGAGAAUGUUUCAUAUCAUCAGUUAUGUAAUGACCCAGCUGAAUGCCCUGGCCCUGUGUUGAUACAUUGUUGCAAAUAUUUGUACCCUUCCCAAGCUCUUUCUGUAUUACCUGAAGUUUGAAUUAUUUUACCAUGCGUGCUUGUUGUCAUAGUAAGACACUGUUGUCAAAGAUGGAACUCUUAAAGAUUUGGUAUGUAUUUUGCCUGUGUGUAGUGACAAGCAAAUGGUAAUUAUUUAUUCAAAAUACUUACCAAUAUGCAAUGUUCACUGUUUCACUUAAAUUACCAAAAUUAUAUUUCCCAGCCAAGCAACUUACAUCUCUUGUAAAUGUUAUAUUGUAAUUCAUAUUUAAGGAAUGGUAAUGGACUACAUUGCCAGAGUUUAUACAUAUGUUUGUGAUAUUAUUAGGUAAGCAACAAGGUAAUAUUUUUUGAUUAUUAGAAUUCCUUUCCAUUGUAGGUUUUAUGAAAAACAAAACCCAGGACUGAACUUAAGUUUGUGCAUACAGAUGAAGUCCUACUAAUUCUUCAUUCUGAGAAAUACAAAUUUUCCAAAAGCAGAUGGUAAGCUUGGUGUCAACCUUUCUCAAAGGUUAGCAGCUGAUGAGUCUGUAUUACUUGGACUAAAACACACUGUGUGUGAAAAUAACUGCUAAAAUCUGCUUUCUGGUUUGUAUUGAAAAAGUUCUUGCAACACAAUUGAGCUUUAGGAGUUACAAAGCAUUGUUUCUGUUUUGUUAGAAACAUGUUAUUUACUGAUACUGACUUCCACGGCUUUGCUCAUUGUUUCAUUUGAUAUAUAUAAAAAAAAAAUGUUGGUGGAUAUCUGUGUGUUGGUAAUAACUAAAUGUUUGUAUGGGUUAUGGCUUCAGGUAUGCAACCUACCUUCAUCAUACAGACUUGUACAUGUACAGACUAUACAAAAAUGAAUGUCUAGAAAAUGUACCAUACAUUUCCAGUAAAUCUAUUGCAAAUAAACAAGUAUUGUACCUGUGCACGUCCAAACAAAUACUCAGUUCUGCAGUGACAGGAAUUUAUAAGGAAGUGGCUGUCAGCAAUGAGUUUUCUUUAUUAUUUUUUAAAGUACAUUGUUCUGUAAUACAGCUCCUUUUCAACACUGGUAACAUUAUAAUACAUGUGUAACAUAAGUAGUGCUGAAUCAUAGGUGUAGUUUGGUUUGUAAAUAUUUGAAUCAAUGUGUACAUUGGAACCUUUAAUAGUACAUUAGUUCUUGAAUUCUGAUUGUUUAUUAAAUAAUAAAGAGCAGAAUGCAUCACAAAAUGGCCUUUUCCUACACCUUGGUUACACUUCAUUACUACAUUUUGUCAGAUUUAUGCAGUUUUAUGAAGCAUAUGUAGGUAAUCCAAAAUCAUUGCUAAAUCAGAGUCUAAAAGAGCAGUCCUUAAUUUGAAAGGAGUUACCUUUUUAGACUGUUUAAUGAUUAAUGACAGAGUAUUAUACACACUAGAUAUCUGCAGUGUUUUCUUAGAAAGGUCCUUCAGAUCAGCUGGC